GGCAGCGCCGGGGGGCGGCGGCGGCGGCGGCGGGCGAGCGGCCGCGCUGAGCCGAGCCGAUCUCGGGGGAGCCCCGGCCGCCGGCAUGGCCCGCUGGAUCCCCACCAAGAAGGAGAAGUACGGGGUCGCAAUCUACAAUUACCAUGCUGCCCAAGACGUGGAGCUCUCCUUGCAAGUGGGUGACACUGUGCACAUUCUGGAGAUGUAUGAAGGCUGGUACCGAGGCUACACACUCCGCAACAAAGCGAAGAAGGGCAUUUUCCCAGAGACUUACAUCCACCUGAAGGAGGCCACCGUGAGGGACCGGGGACAACAUGAAACAGUGAUCCCAAGUGAGCUGCCCCUUGGCCAAGAGCUCACCUCUACCCUGAGGGAGUGGGCAGUUAUCUGGCACAAGCUGUACGUGGACAACAAGACAACGCAGUUCAGGCACCUGCAGCAGCUGACCUACAGCCUGAUGGAGUGGAGGUCACAGAUCCUGUCCGGGACCCUGCCCAAGGAUGAGCUGGCUGAGCUGAAGAAGAAAGUCACUGCCAAGAUAGACUAUGGCAACAGGAUCCUGGGCUUGGACCUGGUGGUACGAGAUGACAAUGGGAACAUCUUGGACCCAGAUGAAACCAGCACCAUCUCUCUCUUCAAAACCCAUGAAACAGCAUCCAAAAGGAUUGAUGAAAGGAUCCAGGAAGAGAAGUCCCUCCAGCAGAGCCUGGAGCUGCGAGGGCAGGCAGUGUUCAACUCCACCCACACCUACAGCCUGUUCGUCAACUUCAAGAACUUCGUCUGCAACAUCGGCGAGGACGCAGAGCUCUUCAUGAGCCUCUACGACCCUGAGCUCUCCAAGUUCAUCAGUGAAAGCUACCUGGUCCGCUGGGGCAGCAAUGGGAUGCCCAAAGAGAUUGAGAAACUGAAUAACCUCCAAGCAGUCUUCACUGAUUUGAGCAGUUCUGACUUGAUCAGACCCAAAAUCAGCUUGGUGUGUCAGAUUGUGAGAGUGGGACACAUGGAGCUGAAGGAAGGGAAGAAGCACACCUGUGGACUCCGGAGACCCUUCGGGGUGGCAGUGAUGGACAUAACUGACAUCAUCCACGGGAAGGUGGACGAUGAGGAAAAGCAACAUUUCAUCCCAUUCCAGCAGAUUGCCAUGGAGACGUCCAUCAGGCAGCGGCAGCUGAUCAUGUCCCCGCUGAUGCCCUCCCAUGGCAUCGGGGAGAACGAGCCCCUCACUGCCAUCUUCAACAAGGUCAUCGCGGCCAAGGAGGUGAACCACAAAGGCCAAGGUCUCUGGGUCUCCCUGAAGCUGCUUCCUGGUGAUCUGGUGCAGGUGCAGAAGGAUUUUUCCCACCUUAUAGACAGAUCUACUGCUGUGGCUCGCAAAAUGGGCUUCCCUGAGAUAAUCCUUCCUGGGGACGUUCGCAAUGACAUCUAUGUCACCCUGCUGCAAGGGGAGUUUGACAAGGGCAAGAAGAAGACUCCCAAGAACGUGGAAGUCACCAUGUCUGUGCACGAUGAGGAUGGAAACCUCCAGGAGAAAGCUAUCCACCCUGGUGCUGGCUAUGAAGGUGUCUCCGAGUACAAGUCUGUUGUGUACUACCAAGUGAAGCAGCCUUGCUGGUAUGAAACUGUGAAGGUGUCCAUCGCCAUAGAAGAGGUCAGUCGGUGCCACCUGAGGUUCACCUUCCGCCACCGGUCCUCGCAGGAGUCCAGAGAUAAGUCUGAGAGAGCUUUUGGGAUGAGCUUCGUGAAGCUGAUGAACGCAGACGGAACCACACUGCGGGAUGGCAAACACAACCUGAUUGUCUACAAGGGUGACAACAAGAAAAUGGAAGAUGCCAAAUGCUAUUUAACUCUUCCUUGUACCAAAACGGAGAUGGAGGAGAAGGAGGGGAAGAAUCUGGCCAACUUCACCCCCACUAAAGACAGUACAAAAGACAGCUUCCAGAUUGCCACUUUGAUCUGCUCCACCAAACUGACCCAGAAUGUUGACCUGCUGGGCUUGCUGAACUGGCGUUCCAACUCGCAGAACAUAGCUCACAACCUGAGGAAGCUCAUGGAGGUGGAAGGAGGAGAAAUCGUGAAGUUCCUGCAGGACACCCUUGAUGCUCUCUUCAACAUCAUGAUGGAGAUGUCAGAAAAUGAAACCUAUGACUUCCUGGUGUUUGAUGCCCUGGUCUUUAUCAUCUCUUUGAUUGGAGACAUCAAGUUCCAGCAUUUCAACCCUGUGCUCGAAACCUACAUCUACAAACACUUCAGUGCAACCCUGGCAUAUGUGAAGCUCACCAAAGUGCUCAACUGUUACGUGGGGAGUGCAGAGGACUGCAGCAGGACAGAGCUGCUCUUUGCUGCGCUGAAGGCUCUCAAGUACCUGUUCCGGUUCAUCGUGCAGUCACGGAUCCUCUACCUGAGGUUUUAUGAGAAGAGUGAGGAUGGGGACGAGUUCAAGGACGCCAUCCACAGGCUGUUCCUGUCCUUCAACCAGCUCAUGGACCGGCCUCUGGAGGAGGCUGUCAAGAUUAAGGGUGCAGCUUUGAAGUAUUUGCCAAGCAUCAUAAAUGAUGUCAAGCUGGUGUUUGACCCUGUUGAGCUCAGCAUCCUCUUCAGCAAUUUCAUCCAGAGCAUUCCUGACAACCAGCUGGUUCGGCAGAAGCUGAACUGCAUGACCAAGAUCGUGGAGAGUGACCUGUUCAGGCAGGCUGAAUGCAGAGAUGCUCUCCUGCCGCUGCUGCUGGACCAGCUGAGUGGCCAGCUGGAUGACAAUGCCAGCAAGCCUGACCACGAGGCCAGCUCACAGCUGCUUAGCAGUGUUCUGGAAGUGCUGGAUCGGAAAGAUGUGGGCCCCACUGGUGAGCACAUCAGGCUGAUGAUGGAGCGGCUGCUGAGGAGGAUAAACCGCACCGUGAUCGGCAUGAGCCGGCAGUCCCCACACAUCGGCAUCUUCGUGGCCUGCAUGACAGCCAUCCUGAGGCAAAUGGAGGAUUCCCACUAUGACCAUUACAUCAGCACCUUCAAAACUCCCCAGGACAUCAUUGACUUCCUGAUGGAAACAUUCAUUAUGUUUAAGGAUCUGAUUGGGAAGAAUGUCUAUGCCCCUGACUGGAUGGUGAUGAACAUGAUGCAGAGCAGGGUUUUCCUCCGGGCAGUGAACCAGUUUGCCUCUGUCCUCAACCGGUCCUUUCUGGAUCAAACAAGCUUUGAACUCCAGCUCUGGAAUAACUAUUUCCACCUGGCAGUGGCCUUCCUCACUCAUGAAUCCCUCCAGCUGGAGACCUUCUCUCAAGCCAAACGCAGCAAGAUCAUCAAGAAGUAUGGGGACAUGAGGAAAGAAAUUGGCUUCAAAAUAAGGGAUAUGUGGUACAACCUGGGUCCCCACAAGAUCAAAUUCAUCCCAGCAAUGGUGGGGCCCAUCCUGGAGGUGACGCUGGUGCCGGAGCCGGAGCUGCGCAGAGCUACCAUCCCCAUCUUCUUCGACAUGAUGCAGUGCGAGUUCAACUUCAGUGGCAACAGGAGCUUCCACAUGUUUGAAAAUGAGUUGAUCACCAAGCUGGACCAGGAAGUGGAGGGUGGCCGAGGGGAUGAGCAGUACAAGAUUUUGCUGGAGAAACUCCUGCUGGAGCACUGUCGGAAGCACAAGUUCCUGGCUGCUCCUGGGGAGGUCUUUGCCCUGCUGGUCAGCAGCCUGCUGGAGAACCUGCUGGACUACAGGACCAUCAUGCACGACGAGAGCAAGGAGAACCGCAUGAGCUGCACGGUCAACCUGCUGAACUUUUAUAAGGAGAAGAAACGAGAGGACAUUUACAUCAGGUACCUCUACAAGCUGCGGGACCUGCACACAGACUGUGAGAACUACACCGAGGCAGCUUACACCCUGCUGCUCCACGCAGAGCUGCUGCAGUGGUCAGAGGAGCCCUGUGUCCCCCACCUCCUGCAGAGGGACAGCUACUGUGUCUACUCCCAGCAGGAGCUCAAGGAGAAGCUCUACCAGGAAAUCAUCUCCUUCUUCGACAAGGGCAAAAUGUGGGAAAAAGCCAUUCAGCUGAGCAAGGAGCUGGCUGACAUGUAUGAGAACAAGGUCUUUGAUUAUGAGGGGCUUGGCCAUCUCCUGAAGAAGAGAGCUGCUUUCUAUGAGAACAUCAUGAAGGCCAUGAGGCCCCAGCCAGAGUACUUUGCUGUUGGAUACUAUGGGCAGGGCUUCCCCUCCUUCCUCCGGAACAAAAUUUUCAUCUACCGUGGCAAAGAGUACGAGCGGAGGGAGGACUUCAACCUGAAGCUGCUGACCCAGUUCCCCAGUGCUGAGAAGAUGACCAGCACUGCUCCCCCAGGGGAGGAGAUCAGGUCUUCUCCUAAACAGUAUGUGCAGUGCUUUAUUGUGAAGCCUGUGAUGAACCUGCCACCUAAUUAUAAAGACAAACCAGUUCCUGAGCAGAUCCUAAACUACUACAGAGCCAACGAGGUGCAGCAGUUCAUCCACUCCCGACCCCUCAGGAAGGGGGAAAAGGACCCUGACAACGAGUUUGCUAACAUGUGGAUAGAAAGGACAACCUACACCACAGCCUAUUCGUUUCCAGGCAUCCUCAAGUGGUUUGAAGUCAAACACACCACAACGGAGGAGCUGAGCCCCCUGCAGAACGCCAUCGAGACGAUGGAGCUGACCAACGAGAAGAUCAGCAACAUGACCCAGCAGCAGGGCUGGGACCGCAGCCUGCCUGUGCACCCCCUCUCCAUGCUGCUGAGCGGCAUCGUGGACCCCGCGGUCAUGGGCGGCUACACCAACUACGAGAAGGCCUUCUUCACAGAGAAGUAUCUUCAGGAACAUCCUGAAGAUCAAGAUAAAAUUGAGCUGCUGAAGCACCUGAUUGCUCUGCAGAUGCCACUGUUGGCAGAAGGGAUUAGGAUCCACGGCGAGAAGCUGACGGAGCAGCUGAAGCCUCUGCACGACAGACUGACAGCCUGCUUCAAAGAGCUGAGGAGGAAGGUGGAGAAGCAGUACGGGGUGAUAACUCUGCCUCCCUCCCUGACGCAGCGGAAGCCGAGCAGGGCAGGCUCUGUGGUGCUGCCCUACAUCAUGGCCUCCACCCUGCGGCGCCUCUCUGUCACCUCACUGGCAUCUUCUGUGGCCUCCACAUCCUCUGCCUCGUCGGACAGCACCUCCUCCAGGCCAGGCUCAGACGGCUCUAUCCUGGAGCCUCUCUUGGAGAGAAGAACAUCAACAGCUUCCAGAGCUGAGGAGCUGCCCAUGAGGGACGAUGCUGAUAACCGCAUCUGCAAGCUGAAACGGAAGGAGUGGAGUCUCAGCAAGUCUCAGGUCAUUGUAGAGAAGGAGCCAGAACUGGAACUGACCUCCAAAAUGGGUAUGUCUGGGAAGGCACAAAGGCCAAAGAGUCUGCAGUUAGGAGACAACAGACUGACUCUGCUUCAGAGUUCUUCACUCCAGCAGUCAAGCACUCAGAGCCCACCACCCAUCACCCCCAAAACCCCAAGAACCCAAAGCUUCCCCUCACUGCAAGCCGAUGGGUUGGCAACCGCUGGCUUACCGAGCACUCCACCUCCCCCUCCACCCAAAAGCAAACCCUACGAGAACAGCAACCCCAGGAACUCUGCCGAGGUUGCUCCACCACUACCCAGCAGACGUGAAGCCAAACCUCCUCCCCCACCCCCCAAAACCAGAAAAUCCAGCGUGGUCUCUUCAGAGCAGGGACUGCAGUGAGGAUCCUCUCUGGCUGCUCUGGCAGAAGACCCUGGAGUGCAGUGGCUGCUUUCUCUCUGCUGGCAUGCUGGGGCUGGCCAGCCCCACAGCCUGGGGACCUCCCAGCCACAGCCCUGGGACUUUGCUGUGGGGAAUACCAGGAGGAGCUGUUGUGGCUGCGUUCCCUGUCCUCUGGUUUGCCUUUCCAGUGAUGAGACUCCAGUCACAGAGCAAUUGCCCUGCUGCAAUUCCUCUCUCUGGGCUUGUCCUGAGGUUUUCUCACUGCUGCAAUUCCAGGAGCUCAUUCCCAGUCUGAAGCUGUCACAGUGGUGAUUUGCACCAGGGAAGCCACUCCAGGGUCAGAGGUGUCCUGCAGUGCUUUGCGGCUGUCUGGAGGCUUCUCCUGUGCCUGCAGCACACCGAGCCCUGGCUGGCAGGAAGAGGAACUGAUCACAGCCAUUCUGAAGCCAUGAAGCUCCUGAGGGGACAGAUGCUGGGGGGUGUUGUGCAGUCUCCUAAGCACCUCGAGUGCAGGCAACGACCUGAGCGUUGUCAGCAGGACUCUUGGCUCUGCAGUCAGCUGGUUACGGUGAAGUGCAACCAUCCUGUCCUCACCUCUGCUGCAGUGGUGGCAGCUGCCCACUCCCAGGGGAGAAUUCAGGCUCCCCAGCCCUUUGUCAGAAGCUCUCUGCUGAGCCUGGGUCUAACACUACCGAGCAGUUGGUGUUCCUGAGCUGUCACCUGCUUGGUUUGUGCUUGCGUCCCAGAGCUGGUGCUGAGCUCCAGCCUUGUGCUCUCUAGAGGCUGUCAGAAGUUGCCUCUGCACCCCUGCUCUGCUCACAGGGUUUAUCACUGAAGUUCUCUGGGCCUAGUGAGAGUUUUUCUCAGCAAAGCCUUUUCCAGGCAAGCCUCAAGGCAGUGCAGCUUGCUUGGGCUCUUCUCUUCUCCUCUUCUCACACAUUCCUUUGGCUUCAGCAUGGCUCCAGCUGCAGCAGCCUGCAGGAGCUGCCCUUGCUCUGUGCCUGGCUCUGCAGAGCAGAUUGCUGUCAGCACAGGGUUGUCUUGGAUGCACAGGACAGGCUGGAGCCCCUCUGGAAGCUGCAGUGCAGUCACAUCAGAUACAUCCACGCCUGUGUGCUGGGGCUGCUGGGCUGCUGCCUCCUCAGGGGAAAGCUUUGAGCCUUUCUGGACAGGUUGCCCAUGGCUCACUCCCUCUCUGAGUGCACUGUGAGACUUGUCAGCUCCACACUCUGUGUUUGGACACAGACACUGCUUGACUUGAGCCCCACAGGCUUUUCUUGUCUCCAUUUUCUGUCCACCUCUUCCUGCUGUAAGCUCUGUCUGCCUUCUGCACACAUGAACUGGAGGAACCUCUGCAGCUCCUUCACUCAGCAACCCACUUUCUGUCUUUGGUCAGAGCUGUGCUUCAGGCAGCACAGCAGGAUGUGGUCUGGGUCUCACACAGCACCCAGCAGUACCUCUUGAUCACUUGUGCCUUGCCUGUAUCUGCCUUUUCCUUCACUCUUGGCUACGUUUCCUUCUCAGGGCAGGUUUGCUUUGAGCUGCUUUGGUAACCACUCAGCAGGAGCAAAGGAGACUUUGCUGCAGUCCCAGCUGAUGCUCUGGCAGGUUGGAGCAGACAAACCACUUUGGGUGUUUUGGGUCCAAGUGACUUCUUUGACCCAGCUUUAGUAUCUUUAACCUAUUUCUCUACCUUGUACCUCCACCAAGGCUUUUGUUUCAUGGAGGGAGCUGCUCCCUGCACAGAAACUUCAUGGGAGGAAGUCUGCUCGGAGAGGAGCUGCUCUGUGGCUGUCCUUUAGCAGGAGGAGGCUUGGCUCUGGCUGCUGCAGAGCACUUGGCUUGUGCAUGGCUAACUGUCCUCUCCCUUCCUUGGGGCUGGCCUAGAUGAUCUUCAGAGGUCCCUUCCAACUCCAACUACUCUGUGAGUUCUCCUCUGCUUUGGAUCAUGCAGCUGCCAGGGUUACAGUUCUGCUGGUGGAGGACUCCUUUGCUGGGGAGGAAUCUGCUCAGCACUUGUUUGCAGGAGCUUUUAGUUAAACCCUGCCAGGCUCCAGAAGUGCUCCAGUCCACACUGGGGGCAGAGGGAAGCAGGCAGCUUUGCCUGGCAGUGGGUUAUUGGCUUGGGAAGAAGCACUGAAUCCAGUGGGAGCAGCUCUGACACCUGCAGGGUGAUUGGCUUGGGAAGGGACACUGGAUCCAGUGGGAGCAGCUCUGACAUCUGCAGGGUGAUUGGCUUGGGAAGGAACACUGGAUGCAGUGGGAUCAACUCUGACACCUGCAGGGUGAUUGGCUUGGGAAGGGACACUGGAUCCAGUGGGAGCAGCUCUGACACCUGCAGGGUGAUUGGCUUGGGAAGGGACACUGGAUCCAGUGAGAGCAGCUCUGACACCUGCAGGGUGAUUGGCUUGGGAAGGGACACUGGAUCCAGUGAGAGCAGCUCUGACACCUGCAGGGUGAUUGGCUUGGGAAGGGACACUGGAUCCAGUGGGAGCAGCUCUGUCAGCUGCAGGGCUUUGAAAGCUUGCAGCAGUGACCUCCAGACUGUGCCCCCAGAUCUGCAGGGAGUUUGAAGCCUCAGAUCCUCACUCCUUAUUUAUUUUUGUGCUUGUAAAUGGAAGCAGGAACUUGGAGCUGCCUGAUUCAGCUGUGGUUGGGGUGGUGGUGAAAGCAUUCCUGGCCCAUUGCUGCUCCCUCUUGCAUUGGUUCAGCUCAUUAAAAACUACUUUCUUACUUCUGCUGUUGCAGACUCAAUUCUUUAGCAGACCAGAAUGAGCCUUUCCUAGGACUAGGUAAAAUAAAGCAGAAAUAGGCUGUCAGGGGCUCCUUGGCAGGAGAGGAGCUUGCCCAAAGCACAGGAUUUCACCUGCUCCUCUCAGUGUUAAAGCCCUUUUAGAGCAGGAUGGGCACUGCAGAGGCUGCUCCAAGGGCUACAGGGGCGGCUGAGCAAAGGGUGAACAGGUUCUCUCGGUGCUGUGUUGGGCUGACUGCUGGCACUGGGAUCCCUGCAGCUGCUUGGAGCCUGUUUUUCACGUGCAGGCUUUGUGUGUUUGAGGCAGAGGUGCAAGGCCUCAGCAGGCUGCAGUUCAGCCCCACUAAGUGGCUUUAAUUGAUGUUGUCUUUUCACUGCUGGCAUCGUAAAGGUUUAGUGACAGCACAGACCCUGGGACGUGUUUGUCUUCAAUCCAGGAGGAUGUGGAUGUCAUGGAACAUGUCUGUGAGUGGAGAUCCUGGAGGUAGGUGAUGGCUUAGUGCCAAGCCCCACCUCUGAAGACUGCAGACAUCACCUGGGCUUCCUUUCUUCCUCUUAGAGCAGCUGAAUGAGGAACCAGAACAGCUCCUAGCCUGGCUCUGAGGGCAGUGCAGGAGGGAGCCUGGGGGUGGGAGCCUGCACCUCCCUGGGCAGUUGGCACCUGGGUCACUAACUGUGAGGCAAGGGCUAGAGAUGCUCCUGGUGUGCCCCUGUCACCUUUGUAAAUACCUUCCUCCAAUAAAUGAGCGAAGCCAGAGCACAGAGGGGGCUGCACUGCAGCAGGAAGCUGGCUCUUGGCUUCUCCUGA